GCUCUCAGGAGGAAGCGGUCCACAUCUGAUUCUUCAGUGAGAAGUUGUCAGGAAGCUAAGUGAGCAAUGGGUGCUGAUAAUUCUACAACUGAAGAUAUGAUGGCCGUGGAUAUCCACUAUUGGUAUAAUAAGUUUAUGCGUGAGUCUCCAUCUGGUCUUAUAACAUUGUAUGAACUUAAAGCAAUCCUUGGUCUUCAGGGAAUGAAUGAAGAAGCAAAUGGAUAUAUUGAACAAGUAUUUGGAACAUUUGACAUGAAUAAGGAUGGAUACAUAGACUUUAUGGAAUACGUUGCAGCACUAAGCUUGAUUUUAAAAGGAAAAAUUGACCAGAAGUUGAAGUGGUAUUUCAAAUUAUAUGAUGCUGAUGGAAAUGGAAAGAUUGACAGAGAAGAAUUGCUUAGCAUAUUUAAGGCAGUACAAGCUAUCAAUCUUCACACUGACAUGUCGCCAGAAGAGAUCACAGCCUUGGUAUUUGAUACGAUAGACAAAAAAGGAAAUGGUGAAUUGACAUUAGAAGAGUUCAUCAGUGGAGCGCAACAACACCAGAUGAUCAUGGACAUAAUCAAAAAGACCCUAGACCUCUCAAAUGUCCUGAAAGUCAUCAAAAGCGGCAGAAGGAACAGUGUUUAAUGAACACUCUGCAGACCAGGUUACAGGACUGGGCUGAAGAACUAGGAAAGCUCCAUUACUUUG